ACCAAUUGCACAGCUCCUGCUAAUUGCUGCUGGCUAGUCUGAAGGAGCUGAGUGGGGGAGAUACAAACGAUAGCAGCUCUGAAGGUGAGCUUGGAAACCGCAGCUCAGAGAAGGAGCUUCAUCCUCGAAGGCGGUGCUACGUCCACUCAGGCGUUUGGUACAUCUGAAUGGUUGCCAUGGGAGAUUAAAGGAUUUCUUAAACAUGCAUGAAAGAAUGAAGGCAACACCGCAGGUGUGGAUUUGAUAAGGGGAUAACAUUAUUACAUGUCGUAAAGCUCUAAGUAAUAAUUUUAAAACUUAAUACUGCCCCAUUAAGGGACUAUCAGAUAUUGAGGGUGUGGAAGCUGUCACGCGGUUUUGAGGCUAAAUUCAAAUGAAUUUGGAACAUGGUAGAAACCAGUUCUUAUUGAUUCCUGACACUGCAAACUGUAUAAUUAAAGGACAGUGUACUUCCUUUCAAAACAUAUACCUGUACAUUGUUACCCGUGGGUCACUUUUGUUGCGAUAAAUUGUUGCCAUGCUGCACACGUUGUGGCCACAUGCAUACAUCGGAUUUCUCUGCUCAACCUUACAAAUUAACGUGUGACUGUGAGUUUCCUGCAGUUAUCAGAGCCGCCGCUGUGCAUUGUGCUCCAGCGGUUUUGAUCAGUCGGGGACAGAUGAAAAGUCGGGGAAACUGAAGUGGCAUUGAGUUAAUAAAGGGAGGAAUCCAAGUUGUUUGCCUUAGAGGAGGAAAGCUCUGAAGUGUGUGUGUGUGCGUGUGUGUGUGUGUGUGGGUGAAGCAGCAGGCGGUAUGGUGUUUGUGCUUGUUUUGUUACACUAGCAAACCUGCCUCGGGGCGCGGACCGGGUGGAGAGAAUGAAACUAGUUUUUGCCACCCCUCUUAUCAGCAGCGGGUUUCAAAAUGUUCACCCUAAGUCAACGGUAAAACAAUCGGACGUCGUGAGAACGUCCCAUUCCGUGCAGCUAUAGCGGUGAACUUUUCACUGCAGCUAACGAGAUGUGGAAAUAUGUUUCCAAACACCAAAGGCACAUUCAUGCGGUUUCACAUUUGGAGAGUUCUGAGGCAGGAGUGGGAGAAAAAAAGACAAAAUACAGACAAUUAGUGGGUGGCAUUUCUUCUUUCGAGCUCACUUCGCCCAGCUGUUUUUCUCCACCGCAUUUGACUGAAGGCAUUGUUUCCUGGUGGCUUUGCAAUCGUUUCAAGACGUCCCUCCAAACGUGACACGCCGAUGCUGCCGAUGAUUUGAGAUGGGACAUAAAUGGCAAACAGGCACGCUGUAAAUAAACACUUCGGUGCGUGGUCGCGCUGUUAUGCGGUGCCAGCAAAAGCAGUAAGUCAUGAAGGCGGUAAUCAGUAGGUGGGAGAUCUAACAAACCAGCACCCUCCGGUUGGAUUUCAUAAGCGCUCUGAUGAUUAAAGGCCGGUUGUGACAAUUGAUUUGGUCUACUUUUCAAAAAAACGAAAAUUAAUAAAAUCUCCUUAACGUGAGGUCUGUCUCAUGUUGUUAGGGGACGAUUAAUCGAAUAACCUUUCAGAAUCACUCCUUGAAAAUCCUAACAAUUGAAGGACUGUUUAGUCAUUUUAACCUAUUAUUUUUGGUUGAACACUUCACCCAGUGUUCUCCACAUGAACCGUAUGAAUUUAUAUCUGGUGAAGAUGCAGCUGACGAGUUGCAGAAGAAUGGAGAAAUACUUUUUGAACCAAAGCAGGAAGAAACAAGCUUAGACGAUAGUAAAAUGGGUCAUUUUGAUAUUUACUUUAAUUGUGCUAUAAAACUUCACGCACCUACUUAUUUAUUACUCGAUUUAUGUGUGUUUUAUUUAAUGGUUGUCGUCGUUUUUUAUGUAUGAAUAUCAAACAUCAUCGUCAAAGUUUCCAGAAGGAGGCCGACGCCACUUUCACCAGGAUGUUUGGAGUUCUACAUCAAUAAGAAAUUUCACAAUUCACUUCACUUAUCAAAUAAUAACCUUUCAUGAAGCGUAAUUACGACCUCAGACUUUGCGACGAAAUUGAUUUAGUGUUAAAAAAAAAAAAAAAAAAGUCCAUAUAGGUUCAUUAUAGCCGUGCUGCUGUGUGGCCCCGCAGCGUCGGGAGCAAUCUGUAGUGUCGAAAUGUCUCCCAGAGGGAAGUUUGCAUAUCUGAGGUCUGAUCUGUGCAGCUAAUGGGCCCAAACGUAAACACACCAAGUCCUUACAAGCAAUUAUUGCUUUCAUAAAAUCACCCCUCGUUCCCCCUGCAGCAUUUAAUUGCGGUCAAACAAAUGACUAGCAGGGUUCAGAAUGCGGCACUCGGGGCUCCUGGCAUGUGUGUGUUUUUAUGUUAAGAGGAGUUUUUAGAGGACUGUGAGUCAUCGUGCGGUGCCGUAAAAGAAACGUUCCCGAUUUUUUUUUCUUCUUCUUCUUCUUUUUUAACGUCAGGGGCCAUGAGAAGAUGUAAGGAUGUUCCUCUCAGAUAUCCGCAAACCGUCCGCGGGAUCUCCGGAUGAUGUCAUCGUUGAUGGGGAUCGUGACCUCCUGGUCCGGCCGCACGCGCAGGCGUUUCGGUUCGAUAUUUCCCGUAUUCCAGAGGGCGAGGCCAUCACUGCCGCAGAGUUCAGAAUCUACAAGGACUUCAUCCGGGAGCGUGACGGGAACGAAACCUUCCGAGUCAGUGUCUACCAAGUCCUCCAGGAGCCUCCAGACAGACAACCCCAAACAGACCCGAAGGCAGCAGGACAAGUCACCCUGACGUCUGCAAGCAGCUCAAUUGUCUUUGAAAUUCCUUACAAAGACGAGAGCGAUGUGGCACUGCUACUUCUGGAUCAGCGAGACGUUUGGGCUUCAGAUGACGGAUGGCUUGUGUUUGAUCUGACCGCUACCAGCACCUUGUGGCAGCUCAGCCCUGAGCAGAACCUGGGACUGCACCUGGUUCUCCAGGACAACAACAGCCAGAAGAGGAAUCCCCGAAGAGCUGGGCUGCUGACUGGGAGUGGGCCUAAAGACAAGCAGCCCUUUCUCGUUGUGUUUUUUAAAGUCAACGAGGUGCGGUUCCGUGGCGCUCGCUCGGCCCCCGGCCAAAAAGGACGGCAGUCAAACCGCUCCAAACAACAGAAGGCGGUCCAAGAAGCACUGAGGGCAGCAGAGGCCGGAACUGAUGCCCUCGGAUUAUCAAAAGAGGGCUGUAAGAAACACGAGCUCUAUGUCAGUUUCAGAGACUUAGGAUGGCAGGACUGGAUAAUAGCGCCGGAGGGCUACGCUGCGUAUUACUGUGAGGGCGAGUGUGCUUUCCCUCUCAACUCCGACAUGAAUGCCACCAAUCACGCCAUCGUGCAAACUCUGGUGCACUUCAUCAACCCGGAGACAGUCCCCCAGCCCUGCUGUGCCCCAACGCAGCUCAAUGGCAUCUCGGUGCUGUACUUUGACGACAGCUCCAACGUCAUCCUCAAGAAGUACCGCAACAUGGUGGUCAGAGCCUGCGGCUGUCAUUAACGGUUUUUUUAAUGCCUGUUGCUCGACUUCUGCAAGUGUAAAAGAAUGUCAUGAGGCAGAAAGAGGAGUGGAGUGGCUGGACGCAAGAGAAGAUGGACUCUCUGGUCUGCAAACGCUUGAGCCAAAGUGGUGAAUCGCUAUGACAAGGAGCAGCUACAGCAGACUAUGUCUAAAAGGAGAAAAUUUCAGACUUUUGAAGACUUUUCGAGAACAAACCAAACUUAGAGGAAGUUAACAGUUUGCAGAGAUUGGAUCUGAAGCAUCACGUACUGGAUUUGCAGUCUUCUGAAUGAAUCUGGGUUUCCUUGGUCAGGUGUGCGACGUUUGACAGCUGCCCACACUGCCCAGCCAAAAAAUUAGUCACGCCGGAUCGCCUUUAGCUUUACGGCACUCGUCGUCUGAAAACUUCCGCAGUUUGUCCAGAUUUGCCUAACUUUUGUACCUCCAUAUUUUAGAGAUGAUGGGAGAGUCACACUGCUCUGCACAUCCCAAAGAUUCUCUGUUGAGUUAAGGUUUGACCGCACGCAACUACUCUUGCACAAUUUGAACCCAAUGGAUCCUUGGAUGAUUUUUUUUUUAUUUUUUAAGGGGACACGGCUGUUUAAUUCUAAUCCCUUGAUUUUCCUUUGCGUUGUGCGUGUGGAAAUGUUUUUUUACUUUUACAACUGAACAUAGCCUUGAGUUGUUUUAUUUUUUUAACAAUUUAAUUUCAUGAAAAGCUUAAAGCCACAGGAUGUAACUUUUACAAAAGUAAGUUUUUUCCAUAUUUGUUAUGAAACGAUCAAGCUCCUCCCAGUGCUGCCGUUGCUGUCUGAAGAGAUGCACCGCUCCCAGUCAAAAACAACCAAUCAGAGACAGGAGAAGGGUCUUAGUGCUGUCUAUCAUCCUCGUCUACGUGCUGCUAAAUGUGUUAAUGGCGGAGAAACAAUUUACCGUUCCAGGAAAACCAUUUAUCCACCAUCAUCGAUGCCCAGGUUAGCUAGCCUCAGCAUUCAUGGCAGGCAAUGUGGUCAACCAGUCUAGAGAGAAAGGGGAAGGGUGUGAGUGGCAUUCGUACAUGAGUGAUUGACAGCGCUAAGACCCUCCUUCGGGCUCUGAUUGGCUGUUUCUGACUGAGUGGUGUAUUUCUGCAGUUAGUACUGGGAACACUGGGAGAAGACAGAGGAGAAAGUUUAUCACAGAUUAUCUGUCACAGUGUGAUAACUUAAACAAAUAUGUAAAAACAUCUUUUUCUAUAUGUACAUACAUAUAAAAGCAACAUACUUUAGCUUUAAGUAAUCUUUUUCUAUGAAUGAAAACAAUCGUGAUAAUUUUUUCCAAAAAUAUUUUUUACAUAAAAAUGAUGGUUUUUCUUAAUAUUGAUCCCAAUUUUAAAAACGCAUUGGACGGUUGUUGACUCCAUUUCAGUAGUUCCAGCGAUCAUUUGCCUUUGCUUGAUGCAGGCCAAUAACUUGAGCUUCCUGGAGCCCAUCGCCACAUUUUCCAUGAUGCGUCUUCUUACAUGGUUGUUCAAGAAAUGAGAUGCUACUCAUCGCACUACUGAGGGUAAAUAACUUGCCACCUGCUUUAAACUUACAAUCCACGCUGUAAUUAUCCGGUGGGAGGCUCUUACCUAUUUUCUUUGUUAAGUCCAGUUGAUGACAUGUUUUCCACCUGGCAGUGUAGAUGGACAAGGUUGCAGUGAUUCAUCUUUAUAGUGUCCAUUACCUGUAAACAACAGUUGCCCUGAAGUAUCAAACCAAAGCUGCAGAGGUUUAACUUUGCCUGAUUAAAAAGGUCAACUGGAAACAGCGGAUGCAGGCGGUGUUUUUAUCUACAAGAACAUUCACACAUGGUCCUUUUGGGUUAGAAAUGGCACAAAAACAAAAACUAAGUUAAUUAUGUAACUGGAACCAGCUAAAUACCCUAUCGGCUCAGAGAGUUGGUGUCACUUCAUGUGUGUUUGUUUGCAGAACAACAUGGAAAAUCUACUGUUGCGCCUGGGUUCUGUGAAGUAUUUAUUGAACAAAAAGCUGCAGGUGGUGCCAUUUCCUCAAUCAGGAGCUCAAGAAAUGAAGAGGGAGACAAAGCAAAGGUGGAUUGAAAACCUCUCCGUGAGUUAGCUUUGCAGAGACGUGAACCAAAUCAGCUCUUUGGUGAGUUAUGGAAAUCAUUGCAAAUCUUAAUGAAAGGUCAAAUAUAAGAGAAGGGUUAGAAAUUGUGAAAUUGGAGUCCCUCUAGCUGGAUGGAUGGCUCGGUUUGAAUUUUUUCUUCUUUUUACAUUUCAGCAAAUGGAGUUAAGAUUUCAAAAACGAAUAUGUUAGUGGUGUCAAAUCAUUCAGACUGAUCUCAAUCUUAGGCAACAAAAUAAAAUAAUGCUGCGAAAAUAUACUCUUUUGUGUGUGCAGAGAAAGACUAACGGAUUAAUAAUAAAAGCAUGGAAUAGUUCAAUGAAUAGUAACUCUAAGAUUUUGAAUUAGAGAUCAGAUGCCGACCUGGCGACUAAAAAAAAACAAAAAAAAAAACAGCGUAAAAUCUCUUUAGAGGUCUUGAAUUAGGCCUCAACUUCAACAUUGCUGUUUAGGUUCAUGCGCAGCCAUAUUUUCUAAUAGCGCUUACACUUAGUUAGCAUAGUUGCACGCAACAAAAAAUGUGGAUCUGGUCGCAGCUGAAAACGUGAUUUAAUAAUAUUUAUAUUCUUCUGGUGCGUUCACAUCAAACGUGUUUUGAGCGCCAGGCUUGUCUGGCUAACAUUCAAAGUCUAUGUGGAGGCACAUCGGGGGCGCGUCAUGGAGCGUUUUAGGCUUCUAGCAUGGCGCGAUUUGAACCGUUUGGCGCGUAAAGAGCGUCCAAUGUGUGCGACAAAUAGGCCGGCAACGGAAAACAACGGCUUGAGUGAUUUUGACACGUUUGACACGGCUAACGCUAAGUGUAGAGCAAAAUGUCUGCAUUCAAAGUGCACACGCGUCAAACUUGAAGCGUCAGAUGCAUUUGGUGUGAAGUUGUAGUUUUUGUCCGUGUCAAAAAGUACACCUGCUCGUCAGUAUUUAUAUUUUUGACGUGAAUCCAGCCCUAUUUAUGCAUGUGAAUAAAAACGGAUCACUUGAUAUUUCGUCCCACUCCUAACUCAAAUGGAAUUUGUUCGCUAAACUCGUCGCUGUUGCAUUUUUCCAUUUUAUCUGUAUUAGAUCAUAAACGCUUUCUUCAUCCAGGUGUUGUCAGCUACAAAAUGAAAACAAAGAGAGAUAACAAGUGGGUGCAAAUGCUUACAGAUGAAGUCACGUGAUUCACUCUUUAAUUUCAUCCCAUUAAAAAUUAUUUGUGUGGUGUUGUUUUUUGUUUUUUUUACACAAUUUCAACUUCAAAGAACCAGAAAAAAAAA